UGCUUUCCCAAUUCUCUCGUCGGAGAAGGUCCUCUGAAACCCUAGACAAAUCGCAAGGUAAGUCUUUCUUCAGAAAUUCAUUCUGAGUUCUCAAUUUAUGUUCUAUUCUCUGCUUUUGAAUUGAGAUCAUCGAAUUCCAUGGUUUCUCUGAUGCUUUUUGGCUUUCAAUCUCAAAAUUUUGUAAAAUUUUUAUGAUAUUGAGCAGAGAUGCAAAACUCAAAGAUUCCACCGUUUUCUGAAGCAAAAAGAAUGAAGAUUUCUACUCCAAAACAACCCUUGACCCAAUUACCACCAAGAAUCGGGAAAAAAGUUUCAAAUCGGAGCAAAUCAGACCAAGUUCAUGCGAUUUCACAUCAACUUGACAUGUCUCCAAAUUCAGAUUCAUCUUCAGGAAACGAGUACAGAGCACUGAGGCGUAAGUAUUUGCUGCUAGAAGAAGAUAGUUUCGCGUUGGAGAGAGAGUUAAAAGAAGCAGAGGAUGAGGUUAAAGCACUUGAAGAUGAGAAACUUGAGCUCUUGGACAAACUCGUUGUAAUGGAAGGCCACCAUCCUCUGGCUGGGAGGAGGAAGGUUCACUUGCUGCAUUACGAACUUAGUACAGUGAGGAGAUUGGUCGUGACGGCGGCGACAGAGGGUUCUAGAAAAUCUAAAGAAAAUGAACCGUCUUGGGCGAACCCUGACUCAGAUGAGCCACCUCCUUGGGCUAGAAAUGAAGGUCGUUCUUCUACUUCCCAAGAGAGCUUUGAGGUUCCCUUCUAUGUUUAUCUGCUAGCCUCUGCGAUUACUGCCAUUGCUGCUAUUGGUUCUGUUUUCGAGUACUCAAGCAAGAAUCCAGUUUUCGGGGUCUUGGAUUCUGACAGCAUCUUUUAUACUCCUGUACUUGGAUUCUUUGCUCUUACUGGAAUCCCUACUUCUGUAUUUCUAUGGUUCAAAUCCGUUGAAGCUGCUAAUAAGGAAGCUCAGGAACAAGAUAAAAGAGAUGGCUUUCUUUAAAACUCAUUUGUGUGUUUCUGCAACUUUCAUACAAUGAUUGUUAUCCUCCACAUACUCUGAAUAUAGUUGUGCAUUUUCAAAGGAGCUUGCUUCUGUUCACUGUAUUAUUACCACAAUAUGUCAUGUUACAACGCAAUGCUGCAGCUGAGAGAGUAAACUAAUUUUGAAGUU